AUGUGUGGAAAGAUAGGAUUAACUGACCAACAAAUCCUGACGCUACUCGAUAGAGCCGAUACCGAUCAGAAUGGUGUUCUUGAUCUGGACGAGUUUUCACUCUUAAUAACCUCAGCUCGAGCUCAAGCGAGCAAAGCAAGAAGAUUCAUGUACAGCGUUGCGGAUUCAGUAAUCGCCAAGCCUGAAAGGCCAAUGGUUCACACUUAUCUUGAUGAAUACAAUUGUUUACCACCUCCAAUUUUCGUCAUUACAAUUUCGAUUGCUCAGGUACGACUUCGUUCAGUUACCAAUAUUUGA